AUGCCGCCUGCUGUAACACAACAUGGAGGUUUUGGACGAAGUGUUCAACUACCGAAAGUCACCCUGGACCGUCGCUAUUCCGUUAAGGGAUUUCAGCGGGACACCAACGCCGUCGACGGCGAAAAGCACCCAUCUGAGCAGAAGACGACAAUAAGGGACGCUCCUAGAGUAAGGAACGUUCCGAUUAAACUCAUCAAGAAGGGCGGACAGCAGGGCGAGCCACCGCCGCCCCCGGAUCCUACAUUCACCGAAAUCACGUUCAAUCGAACAACAGACAUGUGCAAGACUCCAGGAGUUCGCCAGGUGGCGCGUGACGAAGACGUGGAUGAUAAGUUGACCUCCAGAAGGGUGCCGAUUGUUGUGAAACACGAAAUUCGAAUGCCCCGCUCUUUUGAGAAAGAAAAGGACGUGUUCUCGUGGGAUUCUGACUUUGAGAAAGAACUGUCCGCGCCAAGAUACGCACCUAGAUCUACUGAUAGCGACAGUGUGUGGGGAGAUGGGAAGACAAGUCUGAGAGAACUCUUAAAGAGCUGCAGCUAUGAAGGGACUUUAGGAAGACGACAUCACAGAGCCGGCUCUAGCAGUACAGCAUCAUCGAGCAACGUCAUCGAUUCUGACAUCGAGGAGGUUGGGGACGAGAUGUUUUGUUGGGAACGAGAGCGUUGUGACGUUUCGCGGGCUCUUGGUCAUAAUCAUGAAAACGGAGAAGACGUACUGAGCAGAAAGUUGAAGAACGUUUCUGUCGGAAACAGAGAGAUAUCGUCAGAAGUGGGUAUGUCUAGCCACGAGAGUCGCAGUGGGUCGUUGGGAAAGGCGAGAGAGCGCAAGCCUAAACCAGCAGGCGACGAACGAGUAGACUGCGCAAAACCGACCACGGGAAGACUCCCUGAUUCGAGGCUUGACGCUAUUGUAACGGAGAUACAGCUGCAGGAUAGAAGCCUGGCAAAAGAAGGAGCUUGCCGCUACCCUAUUGCCGGCGACGGGAACUGCCUGUACCGUGCUGUAGCUCACGCCUUGUACGGCAACCAAGGCCUCCAUACAGACCUACGCCGGCGCACCGUGCAGUACAUGCGCGACCACAGGGACGACUUCGCGCCCUUUCUGGACUGCGACGCUGACCCGUACUUCGCCAAAGCCGGGGAAGACGGGGAGUGGGCGGGGUACACGGAAAUGGUUGCCCUGAUGCGACUCCUCAACGUCGACGUGAAGCUGACGACUGGGGGUACUCCAGGUCAACCGGAUGUGACGUCAGGCGUGCACAGAGUUCGGGAAGAGGGGGAUUCUGGGUGUAAUAAAACGGUCUGGUUGUCUUGGCUCAGUCACGGACAUUAUGACGCUGUGGAGCGAUAAUUUUCCAGAAACAUUUAGUAGCCAGACACAUCCACUAUACUUUAGUCGUUUAUAAGAAAUAUUUCAUAGAUGCGAAACUAAUUAUAUCUUUCAUCAGUCUUUGACAUGUAUAAUUCGCUACAUUUGUUGGAAAAGUAAUAUAUAGGACAAUAGCCUUCUACGCCUCAUACUGUAAAUAAUGACAAUAAUAAGAUUAAUAAUCAGAGGAAUGAUUUUGUCGUUACAAUGUAUUAUAUUGCACUGUUGUUUCUCGUGCCGUGUUAUCUAAGAAUACUUCGUCAUUUACUAGCAUGAAAGUUCAUCUGAGUUGGUAAAUAUUAAAUAAUUCAUCGUUUGUUUACAUCUAUAGCUAUCACUCUAAAAUCUGAUGAAA